UGAAGGCUACCGCAUGCUACAUGAAAGAAAACAUCUCUCCCGUAUGAUAUGCUUCUGAUUUGAUAAGCCCGGGCUUUUAAUACGGGCACUUCAUGUUCGAAAUCUAGCCCCUGUAAUAUUUCUUGCUGCCAUCUUCCCUGUCUUCUAUGUCGUCCCAAGCACAGCGCUCAUCAGCUCUUAAUAGCCAGCACAAAUAUUUCAGAUUCGAUUACCCGCUGCGGACCAAGGUCGCCUUGCAUGCAGAUGUCUGGAGAGACAAAUUCUGGGUCUUUCGGCAUCGGGAGGCCUGCCAACAAGACAAUACUUUAUGGCCCUGUCCAUGCCAUUGUGAAUGCUGUAUCCCCGGAAAAUGGGAAGCGGGAUCAACGCGAACUGCUGCGACUUGACAUUACGAUCAAAGACUCGGAUUCCCUCACCUGCUUGGUGACAGAGGUGAAGAGUGAGCUAAAGAUAGGAAGGAGGACACCAAGAAAGCGGUGGAUCAACUCUAUCGGUACAUGAUUGAUGCCUAUCAAAAAAGAUAUUGUCCAAGUGUGCUAUACGGCAUUGUCAUCGUAGGCUUUCAAAUGUACCUGUACGUCCCGAUGAUUCAUGUCGAGUCGGGAUUUGCCCCAAAUUAUCCAGCCAACAGUGCAACCGAGCCUUGGAUGGGAAUUCGCAAAUUGGUCGACGACGAAGUUGCGCUUACGUGGCCGCGUGCAACUCGCUCUCUCAACAGCAGUGUGGGUGUGGCCCAACAAGAUGCCGACAUGGAGAGACCCCAAUGUAUUCGGUGUCGCAUCUUACCUACCAGGUCUUACACUGACUUCACUGGGCACCACGAAAUCGAGAGCCCAAUACAACUUCGUUCAGCCGAUCGGGUUGGGGAAACUCUCCCGUACAUCUCGUUCUUCGAUUCCCCUGCCUCAAGCAACUUGUGCAGCAAUCAUCGAGUUGGCGGAACACCACGUCUCCCCGCGGCCGGGCAGUGCCCAACAGAUGUCCGCCCCCCAGCCGGGCCAAACACGGCCUUUCAGGGGAUUCGAUCCAUUCCUGCCGCUCAUUCAGGUGGAAUGUUGGGAACUCCGCUGCAACUCGUCGGAAUACCAUCCUCUCCGAGUCUUCUCAUGCCUCCAUUGGAAUCCCUUGAAUCACCAGUAGUAGACAUAUUUUCUGGUUGUAUAAUACCCCGUGGCGGAUUUGAUCCUAAGGACAGGGCGUAAAGGCAAUAGCUUUCCAUAGAUAUCCGAAGGUCUAGACUCUGAGUGUUUAGAUAGGAAGCAGGUAAAAUCAAGUGGAAGUAUAUACAUAGUAGUUUCCUAGAAAGAAUGGGUUAUUUUUCACACAUUGAUCAUGGGCGGGGACACAUCAAAAACAUAACAGAUACACAAUAUACAUCAGAGCACGCAUCCGAGGGAUCAGAGUGAUAUAGACAUAACCAAAGAGCACAACAUAUUUUGGAUCACUACGAUGGGAGAUGCCGAUCUCACAAGAUUGACGCCAAAGGUAAGGGAGAUUACUAAAUCAGAUUAGUAGUUCGAAGGUUAAGUC